ACAGCUGUCAAAUACUUCCCUUUCGGUCACGUCAUUCGACAUUGUUGCCUGGCAGAGCGCAGUGAUUUGUGUUGAUAAAAUUCCAAUUUCCUGCAAUUAAAAUACCUUCAUUCACAUUCCCUAUUAUUCUAAAAGAAUAGCCGACUAGCUUUCAAUUUCCUCCGACAUGGCUGAUGAUAGUUUGCUAAACGAAUCGAACCUGGCUACGCUGGGAAGCAACGACGAUGAAGCCGAGCUCCUGAUAGAGGACGAUUAUCUAAAAGGUUCGGAAAUGCAGAUCGACCCAGAGCUGGAAGCCAUCAAGGCAAGGGUGAAAGAAAUGGAAGAGGAGGCAGAAAAAUUGAAGCAGCUGCAGUCGGAAGUCACGAAACAGAUGACCUUGGGUUCGCCCACCGGCUCGACGCCCAUGCUGACGGCGGAGGAAAAGGCCGAGGUGGACAAUCGGUCCAUUUACGUGGGAAACGUCGAUUACGGUGCAACUGCUGAAGAGCUGGAAGCCCAUUUCCAUGGCUGUGGAGCGAUUAAUCGAGUUACGAUUCUCUGCAACAAAGCCGACGGCCACCCGAAGGGCUUUGCGUACAUUGAGUUUGGAUCGAAGGAAUUUGUGGAGACAGCGCUCGCCAUGAACGAAACACUAUUCCGGGGCCGACAGAUCAAGGUGAACCCUAAGCGCACCAACCGUCCGGGAAUGUGCCAAACCAAUCGGUUUCCCCGAGGCGUACGCGGACGUGCCGCCAGGGUGUCCAGGGCUUGCUGCUACGGUGCGCACCGUGGUACCAGGAGACCGAUUCGUGGUUACCGAGGCCGUGCGACGUAUUAUGCACCUUAUUAAUUGGUGAUAUUUCCUGAAUCUAGAAGUAUAGCCGCGCACUAGAUUUUACGUCGAUUAGCUAAACUUAGGGAUAAUAAAAUUUAUAUGAUAUUUUUCAAAAAACAUUAUUUGUCUUCAUCGCAACUCAAAAAAAAAAAAACGCGCGCUUGAAAAGAUGGUGCAGCCUAAAUGGCCGCGCAUGCGCGCAAAAGACGCAAAAACAUUCAAAUACACAUCCACAACAGCAGAAAUAAUGUUUUUUGAAACCAAGAAGAGAAGCAGAAGAGACUCCGCAUGGUGGGAAAAAGAAAGUGUCCCAACAAAAGAAAAAAAUAUAAAAGAUCCACUAAACAGAUUUACAAAACACCAUGGCUAAAAAUAAUAAGGAAAAAGAGGAUACUCCGCAUCAAAAGAGAAAAGAAGAAAAAACACACAAAACAAAUGAAAGGAGCAAAAAAAAGUCCUGUCAAAAAAUAUAUGUAUAUGCUAAAGAUGCCAUCUGCAGAAAAUAUGGUAACUAAAAAAAUAUAAUGUGCAAAAACAACAGACACAUAAAAAAAAGAAACAAAACGGCGCAAUGAUGAAGUAAAGGAAAAAUAAUCUUAAAACAAAGUAAAAAAUGGCACUAUCCUCUCGAACUCAACAGAAAAUAAAUGAACAGCAAUAUA